AAGAACAUUUACAUCACAUUCCAAACACCAGUGACCUUUUUUCUGAUUCCUUUCUCCGAAAUAUUAUUUGGUUGUUUAAGAGACCAGAAAGAACAUCGAAGGCAGGAUUAGGCUUUAGCUUUCAUGGCGGGUGAUAAAGACUGUGGCAGUUCUAAAAUGACCAUUUUUCUUCGAAACGGCAGGCUCCCUCCUUGUGAAUCUCUCUGUAUUCUCACCUCUUUUAGCACUCUUCAUGGUGCAAAAUCUAUGGUUAAUUUUAGGAAUGAUGGAGGAGACACUGUAGACAUGUCUUUUUUCCAACCACAUGUCAAAGAAGAAAGUAGCGAUGAGGAUUAUGAUGCGCACCUUAAGCCAUCUGAAAAGAAAAGGCGGCUUACAGCUGCUCAAGUCCAGUUUCUUGAGAAGAGCUUUGAGGCGGAGAAUAAGCUUGAACCAGAGAGGAAGAUGCAGCUUGCUAAAGAACUCGGUUUGCAGCCUCGCCAGGUUGCAGUAUGGUUUCAAAACCGUAGAGCUCGGUUCAAGAACAAGCAGCUGGAAAGGGACUACGACUCCUUGAGAAUCAGCUUUGACAAACUCAAGGCUGAUUAUGACAAACUCCUCCUCGAGAAGCAGAAUUUGAAAAACGAGCUUCUUUCACUGAAAGAAAAAUUGCUUAGCAGAGAGGAAAGUAUGGAAAGUUCAGAACCAUUUGAUGUCAUCCAUUCACCGGAUGCAGAACUUGAGCCUAUGCCUGAUACAGUGUCUGAAAAUGUUUCCGCCAUUGUGCCAAUGGUGACACCCAAACAAGAAGAAAGUUCAGCUAAAAAUGAUGUUUUCAACUCAGACAGCCCACGUUCAUUUUUGGAGCCCCGUGAUUGUUAUCGUGUUUUCGAGUCAGACCAACCAGAUUUUUCCCAAGUUGAAGAAGAUAAUCUCACCAGGAGCUUUCUACCCCCUCCGUACUUUCCAAAACUCUACCGAGAGCCACCUGCAAGUUCACGUAAUUUUGAAUUCUCAGCGGAAGAUCAGCCCUUUUGGUCCUGGAUUUACUGAGUUAUCAUACCAUCCAGGCUACACUUUUUCCAAGGUUGAAGAGAGAGAGAAGAGGGGGGGGAAGAAAAAUCAUUGUCGGAGCUCCACUAUAUGUUUGGCGGCUACACGCGUCGGACCACCGUGAAGGGGGCAACAACAAGACGCAUCAAAUGUUAUCCCAAAAUAUGGUGUUCAGUCAUUGGGAGGCGCUGCAUGAGCCGUCCAAAAGGCACGGACGCCUCCCAGAUGCUGAGGCUUGUGAU